AUGAGAGUCUCCAACUCCUGCGACGGAUGCGCCCUUCGAAGGGUCCGAUGCGACACGAAGCGCCCGUGUCGCGAAUGCACUUCGCGUUCUCUGGAGUGCACGUUUCUGCGCGCCCGCAAGAAGCGAGGGCCGAAGGGUCCGCGUCCCGCUACGUUCCACAAGGUCCAGCAGGCGCAGCAGCAGUUUGAACAGCAGCGCCGUCUCUGGGACCGGCUCGACGAGAAUGAAGCCGAGGGGACCAGCGAGCCGACAUCGAGCACGCCUGGCUCCAGCCCGACGUCCUGUCGCGAGACUUGCGGUCCGCAAGCUGAACGGCUGCCCAUCGACGCCUAUUCCCGGUAUUUGCGGAUAUUUGACGAGCGCCUCUACGCUGUCUGGCCGGUUGUCUCGACUUCCGAGUUGAUUGGAAGGUUACUCGCAGAUGAGAGUGACUAUGAGGCAUGGGCGCUCGCAGCCUCGCUCUGCGCCGCGACAAUAGCACAGCUCCGGCUGCCAGAGCACGCUCCGUCAGCAAGCGUCGGCUUCUCAUCGCACGACUUUGUCACAGAGGCGCGUUACCUGCGCGGGCUCUACGACUACCGCGAGAAUUGCAACUCGGCCUCGGUCCUAACGCCAUUCUUCCUCCACAUCUACUUUGCCAAUGCCGACAAGCUGCGCACGGCGGGCAUUUACCUGCGCGAGUCGAUUGCGUUUGUCCAUGCGCUGGGCCUCGACCGGUUGGACAUGUACGACGCCAUGGACGGUAACGAGAGGGCCUUGAUGCUCAGGCUCUUUUGGCUGGUCUUUAUCUCGGAGAGAACAUAUUGCGCUCAAAACGAGUACCCAACCAUAUUGGAGCCUAUCGACGAGCUUCCUCCGGACGAAGACGGGCGGGACGUCACCGGCGCGUUCGCAAGCCUCACCCGUGUGUUUGCGCACCUCCAAGGCGACGUCAUGGGCCGGCCGUCGCGAUGCGGCGCCGGUCUCGACUCGCGCAAAGUGGCGACCGCCCAAUCAGCCCUGUGUCAAGAUCGGCAUAGCCACGUCCUGUCGGAGGUACAGCGCGUGGACUUGUUCGUCACGCAGCAGUGGAUACGGCUCCUGAUCUGGGAGUACACGAUGAGGCACUUCAAGAUGUCGCGCGAGUCGAGUGACCAGGCGUUCUCGUUGCUACUGCCCAUCGCUAUUGCGCGAGAGCUGCUGUCGCUGCUUUGCUCCGUGCGGAUGGAAUCGAUUUGCGCGCACGGGUAUGGAAUGGAACUCAAGGUAUAUCGCGCCGCGGAUACCGUCAUUGACCUGCUCGCUUGUUCGCCGGCAAUAGACCACGAUCACGGCAUGUGCUUCGGCCUCGAGGACGUUCUCUGCUCGCUCAAAGACGUCCUGGUGGGUGUAGGCGGCCCAAAGUCGAUGUUUGUGGAAAAGGUGAAGGGUCGUAUGGCGAGCUCUGAGCUGGGCGACCGGCCCUGGCCAUAUGCCACCAUGGCGCUCCCGGCGUAUAAUCACGAUGCGCGAUGUGAAGUGACGGAUGAGGACAGCUCUGCUUCGGAUACAUUUGAGCAUGAUGAGCGGGUAGCAGUUGCUAUUGAAUGA